AAGAAGUGGAAGCGGCAGAAGAAGACGAUUACCACGGAGUUCAAUGUAGCUGCGCAAGCAAACGGCAAAAACACUCUAAACUUUAAUUCGGGUCUACUUUGACACGUCGAGACACACCUCGAGUGAUGUCAGACUCUGAAGGACGCCGCUCAUCUGUGUCCUCCAUCUCUUUGAUUGAGAUUAAGGGUGAGACUCAUUUAGUGCUCCAAGCUUUUCUACAUCGCUCCCUUUUGAUUCCUCUGAAAGAGAGGCCUGGGAGGGUAGGAGGGGCCUACAAUGAUCACCACAAGUACAGUUCCAACCCAAAACCAAAAACAAAGGAUGAGCGGAAUUCUCAGGUUGUCACUUCAGGGGAUGAAAAAAAGACUGGAUUCAAAGACCUCAUAAAGCAACUGCCACAUCGUAACAGCGCACAACGUCCUGCCAAAGACCCUGAAGGCUCAUUGGGCAGGAAGAGCAAAGCAAAACCUGCACACCUCAAAGACCAAAGCGAAGAUGACACCAUAUCCCCCUCCUGUACAUCAGAAGAGGAUGAAAGUGAAAAGAAACCAAAGAAAAAGCUCAGCCAAAAAAACAUCAAACAGAAGCUCUCCAAGAUCUUUAGUUUAAGGUUACAGAAGGAUAAGGACAAACAGGAGCGUCCGUCUCAUCCGCAGCGACCUGACACAUUACCAAUUAACAAAAAACCGGCGCCUACACCAAAUGUCAUCUCUCCCAAUCACCCUCCUGAGUUCUACAGUAAUGUGGCAGAGAAGCUGGAAAAGAUUGCCCAGAAGUCUACCAGUAUAAAGAGAAAUAGCCCCAAAACACAGCCACCAACAGUAUGUGAUAAAGAAACAAUAGUGCAGGAACUUGUCAAGGUGCUCUCUUCGGAAGGAGAUUCUAUCAAUACUGUGAUCCAAUCGGACCCUUUUCUUCGCUCCAGUUUGACCCGUCUUUCAUAUGCAUCAUUUUCCAAACUCCUGGAUGCUGUGAGCAGCAGUCAUGUAGCUGAAACUCUUUCUCAGCAACCAACAGCCAGUCCUACAUUGCAACGGAUGGCUGUCAGCAUGGAGGUAUCACGGCGAAUAGUGACAGCCACGGGAGCUCAGCGGAUGCAAGGCUAUGCAGAGUACUACAUGGAGAACUUCGCCCCAUGGCUGAAAAGCCAUGGAGGAUGGGAGAAUGCAGUAACUUUGGAUGAACAUCUAGAAUAUGACUGAGCAGUUGUUGUUAGUUUUUUUUUUUUCCAACUAAACACCAACUACUGGACCUGACGGGAAAGUGAAGAGGAAAAGA